AUGAUUCCUUCAUUGGCGAAUGUAAAGCAUAUUCUCCUUGUGUUGAGUGGCAAGGGUGGCGUCGGAAAGUCAACAGUGGCCUGCCAACUUGCGCUUGCCCUGACGCAUGUGCAUGGGAAACAUGUGGGUUUGUUGGAUGUUGACAUCUGUGGGCCGAGCGUACCAACGAUUUGUGGAGUAGUGGGCCGUGAUGUUUAUCGUGACGAAAAGGGCUGGCAUCCCGUUUCUCUUGUAGAGGAUGAUUCAACUCCCGGGGCGGGAAAUCUCAAAAUCAUGUCUAUUGCAUUUCUCCUGCCAAGUGACAAGGAUGCUGUUGUCUGGCGGGGCCCAAAGAAGGAUGCCAUGAUACGACAAUUUGUGACAGAUGUGCAGUGGGGCACGCUAGACUAUCUUAUCAUUGACACUCCGCCGGGCACAAGUGACGAACAUCUCACGCUCUGUGAAAUACUCCAGCCGUUUAAUCCUACUGGCACCGUGAUUGUCACAACGCCCCAGGAUGUCGCAACGGAUGACGUGAAGAAGGAAUUGUCAUUUUGCCACAAGAUGGGGAUUCGUUGCCUUGGUGUUGUGGAAAACAUGUCGGGCUUUGUCUGCCCCCACUGUGCUCAUUGUACCGACAUCUUUUCCCGCGGUGGUGGAAGGAAACUUGCUGAGCUUUAUGAGGUGGAGUUUCUCGGUGCCAUUCCCAUUGACCCCAUGCUUUCAUUGGCCGAGGACAAGGGUCAGUGCUUUCUAACAGCGGAAAAUGAUGAGGGAAAUGAAACGGUGACAGCGGUGAAGAACGUUAUUGGUGCCAUAUUGAAACAAGUGGAAAGAGCAUCGUUUCAGGAGUAA